CCGCUGGCAGCGAUGAAUUUGCUCCCCCUCCUCGUCCUGCUGGCCGUGUGCCGGCCUGUGCACGGCACGUGGGACAACUGUGGCGGGACCUGCGGGCUCCGGCCCAUGGCUUCUCACUACGGCAUGUCGCGCGUCGUGGGUGGCACAGAUGCCCAGCCAGGGGCCUGGCCCUGGAUCGUCAGCAUCCAGGAUCCCUGGAAAAUAGGCACGGGGCAUAUAUGCGGAGGGUCCCUCAUCAGCCCGCAGUGGGUCCUCACAGCAGCCCACUGCUUCAUUGAGGCCAGCUACGUCACGAUGUGGCGCGUGGUGAUCGGAGCCACCCAGCUGACUCAGCUGGGCCCCGAGGCCCAAGUGCGCAAUAUUAAGCGGCUGCUGGUUCACGAACGCUAUAGUAACAUCUCGGAGAGGAACGACAUUGCGUUGCUGGAAUUGGACCAGCCUGUCCAGUGCAGCUACUACAUACAGCUUGCCUGCGUGCCCGACGCCUCGCUGAGAGUGUCAGAGCUGACCACCUGCUACAUCAGUGGCUGGGGUUCCACGACCGCCAGAUCUGGAAGAUCAGCUGAUGUCCUGCAGGAGGCCAAGGUCCACCUCAUUGACGUCAACCUCUGUAACAGCACCCGGUGGUAUAGAGGGGCCAUCCACACCCACAACUUGUGCGCUGGCUAUCCGCAGGGUGGCAUCGACACCUGCCAGGGUGACAGCGGUGGCCCUCUCGUGUGCAAAGAUAGCAAUGCGGACUACUUCUGGCUUGUUGGAGUGACCAGCUGGGGGAAAGGCUGUGCAAGAGCAAAACGGCCCGGAGUCUACACCUCCACUCAGCACUUUUACGACUGGAUCCUGGUACAGAUGGGACUGCGCCCAGCAGUAAGGGCUACUCCAACAUCACGGGCAUGGAGUCAUUUUCUCACCUCCUCAACCCCCUUUCAGAGGCCAAAGCCAAUACCAACUCAAUCUGGCAGGUUUCCGCCCUGCCCAUUUCCACUCCAGAAGCUGGUGGAAUUCUUUACUCGGGUGCAGGAGCUCCUGCAGGUCCUAAGGGGAAAAAAGGCUUGAGCAGCAGGAUGAACAGGAUCCAGUGCAGGCUGCAGUGUACCACGACCUUUUCCUUGUGGAGCAAUGCCUGCUGAUCCAAAGGCAGCCGCAGCGUCAAAGGCCUGCUCUGUGCUGCCCACGCUCCUCUGAGUGCACACAAAUGCUGAAGUUGACUUAGUUCUUGAAAUAAAGUUGCCAAUUUUCACAGCUAA